AUGACCAGAGACGUAGAAGACAAUGGGGUUAACAAAUAUUCAUUCGAUCAGGAUGUUUACAAAUCUGCAAGAAACUUCAACGACACAAUGUUGAUAGUUGGUGAAAACAAAGACUUCCCUCCCCUUCUUCCCGAUAGAGAACCUUACUGCGUUAGUUUUUGCGGGAUUGACGACCCAUACCAUCCUUACAAUUACCCUUUUUACAAAAAAGCAUUGUAUGUUACUACUGUUGGCUUCUCAACUUUUUCUUUAUCUAUGGGUUCGGCCAUGUUUGCAUCAGCUGCUAGUGAACUAAAGCAAAUAUUCCACAUUGGAACGUCAGUAGCUGCUUUACCUACUGCUUUGUUUAUACUAGGAUUUGCUGCUGGCCCAGUGAUAUAUGGCCCGAUGUCGGAGUUAGUUGGAAGAAAACCGGUGCUAGCAUUAUCAACUUUGGGCUAUGUUUGUUUUGAGUUUGGAACGGCGGCAGCCAAAGAUUUACAAACGAUUAUGAUUUGUCGCUUUUUUGCUGGGUUCAUUGGAAGUGCUCCGGUUGUCAUCCCAGCUGCCGUAAUGGUGGACAUAUUUGACUCGAAGACAAGAGGAAUUGGUGUGGCUUGUUUUGGGAGUAUAUUAUUUGGAGGAGUGAUGAUAGCUCCUAUAUUUGGGGGUUUUAUAGUCAAGAACCAAGCCUUGGGUUGGCGAUGGGUAUCUUAUAUGUCUGGAAUCAUUGGUUGUUUGUCACUUUUCCUUUCAGUCUUUGCUUUUCAAGAGACAUUCCAUCCAGUUCUUUUAGCUAAAAAGGCGCAAUACAUUAGAAAGAAUACAGGGAAUUGGGGGAUAUACGCACCGAGUGAGAAUAUAUCAUUAGAAUUGAAGGAAAUUGUUGUCAAUAACAUCUUAAGACCAUUAAAGUUACUAUUUACAGAGCCCAUUGUAUUUUUGAUAAGCUUGUAUAACUCAUUCAUUUAUGGUAUAUUAUACAGCUUUUUGACGGUGAUUCCCUUGAUAUUUACAGGAAGAUACGGUUGGUCAGGAGGAGUAGGGGAGUUGCCAUAUUUAUCCAUGCUUCUAGGUGUUCUAUCAGGUACUGCUAUAAACGUUACUUUUGAGAUUAGAAACAACAAAAUGUCAGAGAGACUAGGUUCAAAAUUGGACCCUGAACUGAGAUUGCCUCCAGUUAUGAUUGGGAGUGUUACGUUUGUUAUUGGUAUCUUUUGGCUUGGAUGGACUGGUGAUUACCCAAAACAUGUUCAUUGGAUUGUACCUACAAUUGGUGCAUUCUUCAUUGGUAAUGGUUUGAUGUUGAUUUUUUUGCCCACCAUGAAUUACCUUAUUGAUUGUUAUGUAACCGAGGCAGCUACAGCUUUGGCUGGUUUAACCUUUAUCCGUUCAAGUUUUGGUGCAGCAUUUCCUUUAUUUACCCAGCAAAUGUUUCACAACUUGACAAUCAAGUGGGCCGCCACAUUAGUCGGUUGUUUGGGCGUGUUGAUGAUACCUGUACCAUUUGUAUUUCUGAAAUAUGGUGCUUAUAUUAGAGGCAAAUCCAAAUUUGCAACUGGUUGA